AUGACGCGUGGACGGUAUUUGGAUAUGAUGGGGCAGUAUACUGGUUACAGACCUCAGGGUGAUGCUGUACAGAGAGGGGGCAGUCGCGUUGCUUUGUCAGCCAUCAGAGAUCAUAUGGCGAUUUUGCACCCAGACAUUACCGGCAAGACGGAGGAUCUCCAUAUUGAGCGGUACACGAGGUUGGCGUUGCUCCUGCUUUUCGGGGGUGUCUUGUUCCCGAACACUUCGAGAAGUCUAGUGAGUAUACACUUUCUCCAUCAUCUGCAGCAGCUAGAUGAUUUACCCCUGUACAGCUGGGGUGCUGUUGUUCUCGUUUGGGCCUGGCAGCGGAUCAUGCCAUUGCAGCCACCUCUACUACCACUUGUGCCCGGUGAGGCUUAUCCAUUUCUUCCUCUAGUUUCUAGGUGGGUUCUCCGGCCUGGGAACUACUGA